GCACACCCCUUUAAGUACGUCUGUAUCAGAGCCAGGCUGGCGGUGUAUGGUUUGUGGUUGUGUUAGUUAGGUCUCGCUCUGUUGUCAAUAUCACACUCCGAAUGCAUUAAUGCGAAGCUAUGGGAAUCCUGCAGUCAUGUCUACCAAAGGAACUGCUUUAACGCUGCUUGUUCUGUCCGGUCUGAUAGCGAUUGGCAACGCUCUGAGGUGUAACUGCACCAACUGCGAGAGCAGCGGCUAUGAGUGCGAGACGGACGGGGCCUGCAUGGCCUCCACCUCUAACAUCGCCGGCGUGGAGCAGCACGUGCGCAUCUGCAUCGCGCGCGACAAACUCAUGCCCCCGGGGCAGCCCUUCUACUGCCUGAGCGCGGAGGGCUACCUCAACACGCACUGCUGCUACUCCGACUACUGCAACAGUGUCGACCUCAAGGUGCCCAAGGUGAGUCGCUUGCCGGCGAUCGAGAGCGCCCUGAGCAGCUGGGGGCCGGUGGAGCUGGUGGCGGUGAUAGCCGGGCCCAUCAUCCUGGUGUGUCUGCUGCUGAUCGUGGGCGUCCUGGUGUUCCAGCACCACCAGCGCACCUACAACCACCGGCAGCGGCUGGACGUGGAGGACCCGUCCUGCGACCACCUCUACCUCGCCAAGGACAAGACGCUGCAGGACCUCAUCUUCGACCUGUCCACCUCCGGCUCGGGCUCAGGCCUUCCCCUGUUUGUGCAGAGGACGGUGGCCAGAACCAUCGUUCUGCAGGAGAUCAUUGGGAAGGGGCGUUUCGGCGAGGUCUGGCGGGGCAAGUGGAGAGGCGGAGACGUGGCUGUCAAGAUCUUCUCCUCGCGGGAGGAGCGCUCCUGGUUCCGUGAAGCUGAGAUCUACCAGACCAUCAUGCUCCGACACGAGAACAUCCUGGGCUUCAUUGCUGCAGACAACAAGGACAAUGGCACAUGGACGCAGCUGUGGCUGGUGUCCGACUACCAUGAGCACGGCUCACUCUUUGACUACUUGAAUUGCUACUCCGUCACCAUCGAGGGCAUGAUCAAGCUGGCGCUGUCGGCUGCCAGCGGACUGGCCCACCUGCACAUGGAGAUCCUGGGCACACAGGGAAAGCCUGGCAUAGCACACCGUGACCUCAAGUCAAAGAACAUCCUGGUGAAGAAGAAUGGCACUUGUGCCAUCGCUGACCUGGGACUGGCAGUGAGGCACGAGUCGUCCACUGACACCAUUGAUAUCGCCCCCAAUCAGCGUGUGGGCACAAAGAGAUAUAUGGCUCCAGAGGUUUUGGACGAGACCAUCAAUAUGAAGCACUUUGACUCCUUCAAGUGCGCUGACAUCUAUGCCCUUGGCCUGGUGUACUGGGAGAUCGCACGCCGCGGCAGUGCUGGAGGUGUGCAUGAAGACUACCAGCUGCCCUACUACGACCUGGUGCCCCCGGACCCCUCCAUCGAGGAGAUGAGGAAGGUGGUGUGUGACCAGAGACUGCGGCCCACCGUGCCCAACUGGUGGCAGAGCUAUGAGGCACUGCGAGUAAUGGGUAAGAUCAUGCGGGAGUGCUGGUACUCCAACGGUGCGGCGCGUCUGACGGCCCUGCGCAUCAAGAAGACCCUGUCCCAGCUCAGCGUCCUGGAGGACGUGAAGAUGUGAGACACGCUCGCUCGGGAGGCGGGGCAGCCUCGCCAGCGGGACGUUUCCGUGGAGACGCACCGACCGACCGAGCUGAGAGCGCAGAGACUCAAGACUGGGAGAGAGGAAAUGAAAAAGAAAUGAGAGAGAGAGAGGGAGAGAGAGAAUUAUUUGAAGAAAGAGACCCUGCCAGUUUUUUUCAAAGCCACACUUCUGUGUUGUGAAGAGGUCUACCUCACCUUUUUUUUUUUUUUUUUUUUUUUUUUUUUUGGCCAAAACUACUGAAUCUAGCAAUUCCUCCUCCACCCAACUCCAACCUAGCACAACCAAUCCUCCGCUUGCACUCCAUCCCCCACCCCCUCAGGAUCCGUCCGGCUCUGAAGCUUCUCCACCUAUCGGCUCCUCUCCUGACCGCUCCCUUCAUCCACCCGCCCCGCCCCGCCCGGCCUCCCCUCCCCGAGGCACAGUGCCACGUGCUCCUCCACCUCUCCACUCCUCCGCCUCUCCACUUCUCCGCCCCUCCACUCCUCCACCUCCUCCGCCCAGUGUCUGUGGAUUCAUUACUUGCAUUAAUUACGUGUUUGGUUGGUUUUCUUUCCCGUACGUUUCAUUGCAGGAACUACUGAUGUACAAGCGAUUCCCGUUUGUUUUGGGAUUUCUCUCGCAGUUCUAAAUCUUGCCACUCCUUUUUUUUGUUAUUUCUCUGCCGUUUUUAAGUAACGGGACUACGCGAGAGACAUUUCAGACAAGCCGUUGUAGCGCGGCACGACGACUCAGACCUAAAAGUAUGUCUGCUAAUAAGUCAUUUUCAUGCAUCUUUCCCCCCUCUUUUUUUGUCGUACCAUUACCUGAUACUGCUGUUGUGAGAAUGUGAAAAAAAAGAGGCAGACACCUUUUCUUUGUUGAGGUCAGAUGCAUUACAAUAGCAUAGGCGAGGAUGUAGCAAGCCUUGAUGUCUGUGACUGUUCAAAUGUGUGUGUGUGUGUGUGUGUGUGUGUAUAUAUAGAGUUCGUACUGUAGCUCUGAUGUCAUAUUUAAAAUCGCAGGAAGGGGGGGCGGGGUGUUGACACGACACGACACGACACACGUGCAUGGGAAGACCUUCCGUGUGAAACAAGACCCUCUAUAUGGCAAUGCAUUAAUCAAGCUACAGCUUAGAUCUGGGGUAAAGUUGUUUGUGCUGUUGGGUUCAAGUCGAAGCAUUACAAUAAUGCAUACACUGUGGCUGUGCGUGUGUGUGUGUCUGGAAUUAUUUUAUUUUGAUUUUAAUUAUUAAGGAUCAAUCUCUAGAUGUGGUCCAUGAUUUCUUUUAUUUUGUUCACUUUUAUUUUGUUCAUUGUUUUUGGGGUGAUUGACUUUUUUUUAUUUAUUUGUUAAUAUUUUAUAUAUAGUUUUUUUGUUCACUGUGAUAUGUCAAUCAGGGGAUUAGUGGCAGUGGAGCCCAGGUCCCUGUCAGACAAUGGCUGAUAGAAGUGACCGAACUCAGAUAAUCAUACCUGCUGGACAAGCUGGAGAUCCAUACACUGAGCAAGUAAUACGUUUAGGGAUGGGUAAUAACUUUAAAGUCUGCACUGUUUUGUGGGGAGGAAGAUAAACUGUUUUCCUUCUUUUGAUUUCUGAUUAGGAAUCAUUUAAAAUGUAAUGACAAGAAAAAUCCUUCAAUUUUUCAUUUUCCUGUAACAUUACCUGUAAAUCAUCCCUAAUGACAAUCCUCGAUGGAACUGGCUGCUGUGGUUUCGCAUACUGAUUCUACUGCCUGGGCACUGUGAGAUGUCUGGGGAUGAGAUUUUAGUGAAUAAGAACAGAAGGCUGGUUCACCACCUAGUUCAUGUAUUAUGUAUAUUUGUAUUGUAAAGUUGCAUCUUUUAGCUAAUCAAUAUCACUUGUUUAUAACCAACUACUCCAAAUAUAUCUUUUUUUUUUUCGUUCUUUUCUACUGUUUUGUAUUUUUAGCUUUCCAAACAAACUUGAAGGUACUACUGAUCUGCUCCGAACUGCUACUCUGCCUCCUUACGCUGUCCAUCUGUCAUCUUUUGUAGCCAUGACCUCUAGUAAAGACAUUUUUACUUGCAUAGGUAGUUCAAUUCUUCUUUCAUUUCAAAUUGCUUUGGCUACCGUCACGUGUGGGAGUAUUAAGUUUCAUGAAAGUGGGUCUCUGACACCCAAUAAACCGCUUGUUCCUGUUGUGAAACGUUUCCAACGUCCUGCUCCUGUAGAGGUGAGGGCCCAGGCCAUACCAUCCUAUUUAUGAAUGUGAAACAUCAGUGUGUUGCAAUUGGUUACCUUUACAUGACCUUUAAUGAACCCUAGUUUUCAUUAGAAGGUGCAAAAAUGUAUGAAGAUGGAGGUUUGCCAUCCACACUAUGUGGAGCCUGGAGACAUUUUGGGGGGGGGGGACAGGAUCUUGGUGCAGUGAGCAUUCCUUUCACUUGAACUGGGGGAACUGUUAGACAGUAAAUGUGACUGAGCUCAUUGGAAACAUGGUGCUCUGUACAAACAAACACUGGGAUAUCCAUCUUUGUUUUAAAGAACGAUCUGAGAGGCAGGCAAGAGUAGAGUAGACUUGUCCUGUUAUUUAUAUGGGGGCUGUUUUCAGUGUCCUCAAUUUGGUUUGAGGUGCGGCUAUGUGUACACAACACACCUGGAGGUGUUGCAGGAGAUGUGGAGAGAGGUGUGUGUGUGUGUGUGUGUGUGGGAAAACUGUCAUCGUUAGGAUGGCCUGCUGUUAUUCGGCAAGAGUCGACUGUCAUGAUGCAAACCAAAUGUCAAACAUGAUUGUACAUGUUUGGUGUGUCAACAUGUGACUAAUGCCGCUCGGAUUCUUUGGAUGACAUUCUGCGCCUUUGUUGACAAAGUUGAGUUACUAGUCACGACCUUAAACUAUGUCAAAAAAUGCAAUGUCUUUUCAGGAUUAGUUUGAAAAUGUGUAUAUGAAUGAUACAUUAAUAAACAUUUUCUUUGUAA